GUCCCGGGCGCAGCCCAGUGCGGGGGUCCCUCCGGUCCUGCCGCUGGUGAAGGCGGAACCCCCCCAGCCCCAGCUCUGCAGGGAGGGGGUGCGGAGUGCCCCUACCGGCACGGGGUGACACCGGCAGGGGGAUCAUUACCGGGUAGUUGGUUAUUGCCGGGCGGGAGGUGGGUUAUUACCUGUGCGCUGGUCAUUCCGGGGCGGUGAAUUCCCGGGGUGCGGGUCAUUACCGGGCGGUGGGUUAUUCCCGGACCGUGGGUUCCCGGGUCGGGGUCAUUCCCGGCGGUGGGUUAUUCCCGGGCAGUGGGUUCCCGGGCUGGGGUCAUUCCCUGGUGGUGAAUUCCCAAAGUGGGGCUCAUUCCCGGGAGGUGAGUCAUUCCCAGGCAGUGAAUUUUCGGGGUGCGGGUCAUUCCCGAGCGGUGAAUUCCCGGGGUGCGUGUCACUCCCGGGGUGCGGGUCACUCCCAAGGCCGCCCGUGGCUUGCAGAGCUCCCGCGGUGGGGCCGGCCGGGCGCGUCCCCCCGAUGCGGGCAGGAGCCGGCGCUGGGCCAUGAGCAACGCCACGGCGCCCACGGCCGCGGGCGCGGCGGGGGACUCGCUGGUGGGCUCCGUGCUGGGGCCCUUCCUCCUCCUCACCCUCCUCGGCGCCCUCCUGGCCGCGGUGAUGUACGUGAAGAAGAAGCGCAGGUCCGACCGGCUGCGGCACCGGCUGCUGCCCAUGUACAGCUACGACCCGGCCGAGGAGCCGCCCGAGUCCGAGCAGGAGCUGCUGGUGGAGGCUGAGGAGGCUCAGGUGGUGCCCGGCUGGGGGGGACCCUCGCCCCCUUGGCCCCCGCGCCGGGACUGGAGGGCCUGACCCUGCCUGGAGCACCGGGACCGGAUCCUGCCCGCGGGAGGGAAGGGAGCACGGGGGCAGCACUGGUUUCAUUGGCCAGAACGGGCAGGACGUGCCCACGGUGGUGCCAUGAUGCCACAGCUGCUGUCCCCACCUCUGAGCACUGACCAGGAUGGGACAUCUCCUACCUCAGUGCCUGGUUUUGCCAUUUUAGGGGUAUUUCUUUUGCUUGAACUGCUCCAGCAGCCCCUUGGAAAGCCCAGGAGGGUCCCCUGGGGCUGGCAGAUUGGCAGGGAGCAGCAGGUUCCGCUGGCACGGGAUGCCUGGGGGAAAAUGGGGUAAAUAAACGUGUUUCUGCCUUGG